AUGCCGGGCACAACCAUAUUAAUUUCCCUGACUUCUGUGCUACAUGACAACAAAGAAUUUCCCAACCCAGAGUUGUUUGACCCUCAUCAUUUUCUGGAUGAAGGUGGCAAUUUCAAGAAAAGUAACUACUUCAUGCCUUUCUCAGCAGGAAAACGGAUUUGUGUGGGAGAAGGCCUGGCCCGCAUGGAGCUGUUUUUAUUCCUGACCUCCAUUUUACAGAACUUUAAUCUGAAAUCUCUGGUUGACCUAAAGGACCUUGACACCACUCCAGUUUUCAAUGGAUUUGUCUCUGUGCCACCCAAGUACCAGCUAUGCUUCAUCCCUGUCUAAAGAAGAGCAGAUGGUCUGGCUGCUGCUGUACUGUCCUGCAGCUCUCUUUCCUCUGGGGCGUUAUCCACCUUUCACUAUCUGUGAUACCUUUUCUGGCCUGUCAUCUCACAUUUUCCUUUCCCUCAAGAUCUAGUGAACAUUCAGCUUCCACUAAGGAGAGUUUCCUAUGUUUCACUGUGCAAAUA